CAAGCGCUGGACUCUGUACUGCUACCUGUACUGUUCCUGCUGGUAUCCUUGUGUACGAGGCCUCCGUCGUUCCGCGUGAAACGCACUGUUUGCCUAGUGGCUUGUGGCUGUUGCCCAACUGCAGAUAGUGGGCUGGGCUGCAUUUUCAGUAACUCUCACCGACUCUCGUUUAGGGUGAGGCGUGUUUAAUGUUGUGGGCUGGAAGAAAUCUGAGGGAGCACAGGUGCAUUUUGGGAUUUUUUUUUUUGUGUCGCGUAGCCGCAGCUGAAAAUGUAUUCAUCUCUAAGUACAGUAUGUACUUUUUUUGAACCGUUAACAUUUAUUUCUCAGGAUGCUUAGUUGCCUUUCUGUGUUUUUUCUGCCUGCUCUUUGCCCUUUUGCUGAAGGAGUCCGUUGCUGUGGCAGGAUAAAGAGGCUCAGAUUAAACAGACUCUGCUGAGGCGGGAUGUCGGAGAGAAUUGUGGGAGUGUCAGAUUUACCUUCCCCUCUGCUUGGCUGGCCCUGUCUGCUGUGGCUCCGCCCCUUUUUGGAUUGAAGCACGCCAUGCCUUGCUCCCGCACACGUUCAGACGGGUCCUUCCCACCGCCGCGUCUCUGCUCCCGGUGCCGCCUGCGACGGAUCACGCGGUCAGCCUCUUGGAAAAGUCUCGUCUCUUGCGGACGGAGAGUGCCACAUCCCACGACGGAGUGCUGGGGGGGGGUGGGCGGCGCGACGGUGUACACCGGGGGGGUCACAGGAAGCCUCUUCAUCUAACCUCUGUGUGUUCAUCCAAAAAGGAGACCCAAGAUGACAUGGCGCCCCCAGUACCGCAGCUCCAAGUUCCGGCACGUGUUCGGCAAGGCCGCCACCAAGGAAAACUGCUACGACGGCGUGCCCAUCACCCGGAGCGUCCACGACAACCACUUCUGCGCCAUCAACCCACGCUUCAUCGCCGUGGUCACCGAGUGCGCCGGGGGCGGAGCCUUCCUCGUCCUCUCCGUACACCACACUGGGAAGGUGGACCCUCAUCACCCCAGAGUGUCUGGGCACAGGGGCAACGUCAUGGACAUCAAGUGGAAUCCCUUCGAUGACCUGUGCGUCGCGUCCUGUUCCGAGGACGCCACGGUGAAGAUCUGGGACAUUCCUAAGCACGGCUUGUUGAAGAACAUCACCGUUCCCCGGAAGGAUCUGCAGGGUCACUCGCGCAGGGUGGGGCUCAUCGAGUGGCACCCGACGGCCAGCAAUGUGCUCUUCAGCUCCGCCUACGACUAUAAGAUAAUGGUGUGGAACCUAGAUUCCCCGGAGCAGGUGAUCAAGAACCCGGUGAAGACCAUCAGCCUGCACACUGACAUGGUGCUCUCCAUGUCCUUCAAUACGGACGGCAGCCAACUGGCCACAUCCUGCAAGGACAAGAAGAUCCGGAUCAUCGACCCGCGUACCGGGGCCCUCCUGCAGGAAGCUAACUGCAAGUCACAUAAAGCCAACAAAGUGUUAUUUCUAGGGAACCUGAAGAUGCUUAUUUCAACCGGAAAUUCUCGAUGGAACCACAGGCAAAUAGCUCUCUGGGAUCAGGAGGACCUCUCUGUGCCUCUGUUGCAGGAGGAUCUCGACGGCUCCUCUGGUGUGCUGUUUCCUUUCUAUGACCCUGACACCCACAUGCUCUAUGUGGCAGGAAAAGGCGACGGCAACAUCAGAUACUACGAGGUCAACCCAGAGAAGCCCUACAUGCAGUUUUUGACAGAGUACCGUUCACUGCUACCUCAGAAGGGAAUGGGGAUCAUGCCAAAGAGGGGCUUGGACGUCUGCUCCUGCGAGGUGUUCAGGUUCUACAGACUGGUGACAAUCAAGGGCCUGAUAGAGCCCCUCUCCAUGAUCGUCCCCCGCAGGUCUGAAUCUUACCAGGAAGACAUCUACCCCAUGACCGCCAGCAACGAGCCCGCCAUGUCUGCGUCGGACUGGUUCUCCGGCCUGGAUAAAGGCCCCUUGCUUAUGUCCUUGAAGCCGGGCUCCAAAUUACACGACUCGUACUUGGACUCCGUAGAGGCGAAAGCACCGAUCAGCGUCCUGGAAGCCAAGCGCUCCCAGACGCGUCCUGGUCAGAUGCAACUGGCUCACGUGCAGGAGACACUGGAAACCAAAGAGUGCAGGGAGCCCAAGAUCUUCAACGACGUUAAGCCCUGGCAAGGGGACAGUGUCUGGGAUAAGGGUGUGGCAUCGGUGACUAAUGGACGGGAACCACUGCUGUGUUCUCCUCCCAAAACUGAGAAUGAGCUCCUGCAGACGUUCUACCGGCAGCAGGAUGAAAUUCGGCGCCUCAGGGAGAUGUUGUGCCAGAGGGACGUGCGGAUUAAGCAGCUGGAACUGGAGAUCAAGAACAUGAGGAACUCCAGAGGCGUGUACUGAAAUAGGCGGCCCCCCGACGGAGGCUCGACCCCGAACCUUCGGCACUGCCUUCACCCCCUACUCCACCCCCCUCCCGCGCUUUGUGCUUGAGACUCCCUCAAAGGGGGUACCUGCUAGGGGUCUGCAGGGAUCCUGCCUCGGAGCUUGGUGUGAAUAUCGUACCUUAUUUUUUUUUUACAUGUCACAUGACAUGACAAUAUCGCGCUCAACUCCGUGCCCAUUUUUGAGCCGCGAAGUUGUCGUUUAUAUCUUCUUUUUUUUUCUUCUUCAUUUUCUUUAUGCCUGUCAGUAAUAAAUGGUUAUGUCUCCCCGAAUCCUAUUUUUGGGAACUUCCCAAGGGAGAAUCUGACGUCCUUGUGAUUGAUUCAGGGGAUUUUUUUUAUUAUUACCGAUUGUUACCCGUGAAUUUUAAUCACUGUAUGUUGGUGUAUGAAUGUUGAUGCUGCCUUAUGAUUUAAUUCAGUUUUUAAUGAUGACGGGUAGAAUAAACUUCUGCUCUUGAGGAUUUAAAGAAGCUGAUUUCCCCACCCCCAUUUUUGUCAUAUCUGGUAUAAUCUAGACUCGUGUUCAUCAGGUACUUUGUCUCCUUUUUAUUUUGCAAAUAGUUUUUCUUAUAAGGCAUUUAUUUAUUAUUGUUAUCAUUGUCAUUAUUUUCUCUUGUCAGGGUUAAAAGUCAGUCGGCCAAAAAAAAUUAUAAUAAUCAUCGUAAGAAGACAAAUAUCACAUUCUGUCGUAUCUUUCAUGUUCUGCAAUUUUUUUUCCCAAGACCGAAAACUUUGCGUCAUUGCCCCGGACUCUCUCGGGGUGAUGACGACAAUUAGCAGACAUUGUUAAUAUGAGAAUCAGACGGCACAGGGUCUAGAAGGGCUGUUUGUGGCCUCUCAGCCGCCAUCGGCUGGGUUUGACUGAAUAAUCGCGGAAUUGAGGUGACCGUUCAUUCCCCGCGCGUUCGCCCUUUAGGCGGGUGCUAACUUAUACAACAGCUGUGUUUUGCAGAGGGUGUGCAGAGGUGGGGAAUUACGGUACCGGUGCUGCUCAUUGCUGGUUGUCUGCACUUUCAUGCACAACGUUUAAUCUUUAAUAGUCUUCCUUUUAGAGGAGAGCCUGCCACUGUGUAGCACCGACGGAUACAUCCUGUAUUCCUCGCGAUGCAGUGAUUGGAAACUGGGAAACAAAAACGAUGAUAUUAUAUUAGAGAGCCUUGUGCCUCCAUAAUUUUAUUUCACAAUAUGCGCAAGUAGAGUUGCACAUCGCUGAGUUGGGCAGAAAUGUUUUAAGACACGGAAUAGAUCUUAGAACGACGCGCGCCUAAGGGAUAUUUCUUGUAAAUGAACAUUUCCCGCAAUGGUAACUGGAAAUGUAAUUGUCUUGAGCCUGAAUUUCUCAUAAGUGGUCAAGGCAACGGUGCAAGGACGCAGCUGGAUGCUCCUUUAUAAAUAGCAGCAUAGGUUUUCGGCUGACGGUCAUAAAAUCUUAAUACUGCGCUCAUCUUGGGUUUUAAACCAAUCUCAUAAACUUUGAUCAGGAUUAGUGCUGGAGUUCCGCCACAGUUAUGGCGCCCACUGCACACACUCUCACUAAAGUACAUUAGUUAAACUGAUACUUAGUACGUUAUGCAAUGUAAGUGCUUCUGGUGUUUAAUAUUUAGGGAAUAUUGGAUCAUAGAGACAAAUUGGCGCCCGCAGAAUGACUUUCCUAAGUUUGUCAAUGUGUAUAUAUAAAUAUAUAUGAAUAGAUAAUACAGAGACAUCAUACAAGGGUAACCUGAUUCUAAUGCCAAUAUAAUUAAUGUGUAACGUCUUUCGUCCUGUUUUUUUCUAUACUGCUGUACACUGGUUACUGUCCGCACUGUAACGAUGAGUUUAAAAGGUACGUGUUCACUACUUGUAUUCUCCAGUUGUAAAAUAUUUUUGAAAUCUUAAAAACUUUUAAGAGGUCCUCAGUACUUCCGAAGAACGCAGACCCAAAUCUAAAGAUGGAAACAUUUAAUAGCCAUUUGGAAACGGCAGUCUUGUUGUGAUCAUUGCGCGAAUGGGGAUGGUGAGAGGGUAAUUAUUUCGCCCAGGGAGUAGUUUGUGUGAAUCUGACAAGCCAGACUUAUAUCGGCCCAUAAAAUGGUGCUUAGACCAGGGCUCAUUAGAAAUGCUUCUGAUAAGUAUGAAGAGCGUGGUGAAGGAAAUCAUCGCCGGACCUGAAGUCAGAGCCAAAUAAAUCGUAGCAUCACCGCAGCAGCAAAGUGACUGGAUUGUACCCACCCCCAAGAGACCCCGACUUCACCACCUCGCAUUCUCUGCUGAAAUGGGUUCCUGGCUCCACUACAGUUGCCCGUUCCUCUGUCUCGUCCUGUACAUUACUUUUCCAAACAAAAUGUUGCUGCUUGGCAGUGAGACUAAUUGUGCCUAAAUUUGAAACGGCAAUUUGUACAUUUUUAAUAUUGUGACGUAUCUUAAGGUAGGUACACAAUACACUACUGAAAUACAUAUUGCUAAAAUUACCUAAUAUCGUGUAUUUUUUUGUAUUUAAAGAAAUACAGAAAGUAUAUCAAAUAAA